AUGAAUGCACUUGAGGAGGUUUAUCUAGUUGCAAGAGCUCAAACAAUUAUGGAUAUUUGCAGUACUCUUCCAGGCUAUUUGUUUACCGUGCUUCUAGUUGAUAGGAUGAGAAGAUUUGCAAUUCAAUUGAUAGGAUUUUUCUUUAUGGCAGUGUUUGUGUUUGUGACAACCUUUCUUUAUGAUUAUUGGAUUAAGGAAGAUAAACAAAUAGUAUUUAUGCUAUUCUAUAACUUAACCUUCUUCUUUGCAAAUUUUGGACCUAAUGUCAUUGUAUUUAUUGUGUCGGAAGAGAUUUUUACUGCUAGAUUCCGUUUUACUUGCAUUGGAAUAUCAUCUACAACAGACACUUUCGGGGCUAUGGUUGCUUCAUAUGGAUUCAUGUACUUGUCACAAAACAAGGACAAGAGUAAAGCAGCUGUAGGGUAUCCUACACGUAUUGGUGUGAAGAAUUCACUCAUUGUGUUGGUGGUGAUUAACACUAUAGCAUUCUUGUUUACUUUUUUGGUGCACAAGGCAAAGGGAAAUUUUUUGAAGAAAACGUCACCGGAGAAAGCUGAAACCACUAGAGAAUGUUAA